CUUCCGGAGCUGCGGAGACGGCUCCGCGGGAGGAAGGAGCGCGGGCCUUGACCGGCGUCGGCCCGUAGUCUCCGCCGCCGCCUCUGCGCCCGUGUCUGAAAGCUCUGGCCCGGCCGGACCCGGUCUAGUCCGCCCGGGCUCGGCGGCCGCGGGCUGCGGCUCCCGAUGGAAAUUAUAUGACAGACUAUUUGGGGUGACAUCUUGAAAGAUCUUCAAGAAUUGCAGAGGACAAAAAACACUAAUGCAUUUGAGAAAGUGGUAAAGUUUGGGGGGAGGGGAAAAAACUGCUUUCCUGAUCUGCAACUUGGCUGGAUGCUAAAAUGUCUGUGGACAUGAAUAGCCAGGGGUCUGACAGCAAUGAAGAGGACUAUGACCCAAAUUGUGAGGAGGAAGAAGAGGAUGAGGACCCUGGGGACAUAGAGGACUAUUAUGUCGGAGUAGCCAGUGAUGUGGAGCAGCAGGGGGCUGAUGCCUUUGAUCCUGAGGAGUACCAGUUCACCUGCUUGACCUACAAGGAGUCCGAGGGUGCCCUCAAUGAACACAUGACCAGCUUAGCCUCUGUCCUAAAGGUAUCUCAUUCAGUUGCUAAACUUAUAUUAGUUAAUUUCCACUGGCAAGUUGCAGAGAUAUUGGACAGAUACAAGUCUAACUCUGCUCAGCUGCUCGUCGAGGCUCGAGUUCAGCCUAGUCCCUCAAAACAUGUUCCCACGGCCCACCCGCCUCACCACUGCGCAGUGUGUAUGCAGUUUGUGCGCAAGGAAAACCUACUUUCUCUGGCCUGUCAGCACCAAUUUUGCCGUAGCUGCUGGGAGCAGCACUGCUCAGUACUCGUCAAGGACGGCGUGGGUGUGGGAGUCUCUUGCAUGGCUCAGGACUGUCCACUCCGUACACCAGAAGACUUUGUGUUUCCAUUGCUGCCCAAUGAAGAAUUGAGAGACAAAUACAGGCGCUACCUCUUUAGGGACUACGUGGAGAGUCAUUACCAGCUCCAGCUGUGCCCUGGUGCAGACUGCCCGAUGGUUAUUCGGGUACAGGAGCCUAGAGCUCGCCGAGUACAGUGCAAUCGGUGCAACGAGGUGUUCUGUUUCAAGUGUCGUCAGAUGUAUCACGCCCCCACAGACUGCGCCACAAUCCGGAAAUGGCUCACGAAGUGUGCAGACGACUCUGAAACAGCCAACUACAUUAGUGCUCACACUAAAGACUGUCCCAAGUGCAACAUCUGCAUUGAGAAGAAUGGAGGCUGCAACCACAUGCAAUGCUCCAAGUGUAAACACGACUUCUGCUGGAUGUGUCUAGGAGAUUGGAAGACCCACGGCAGCGAGUACUAUGAGUGCAGUCGGUACAAGGAGAACCCCGACAUUGUCAACCAGAGCCAGCAGGCACAGGCCAGGGAGGCCCUCAAGAAGUACUUGUUCUACUUUGAAAGGUGGGAAAACCACAACAAGAGCUUGCAGCUGGAGGCACAGACCUAUCAGCGGAUUCAUGAGAAGAUUCAGGAGAGAGUCAUGAAUAAUCUGGGGACGUGGAUCGACUGGCAAUACCUACAGAAUGCAGCCAAGCUCUUGGCCAAGUGCCGGUACACCCUGCAGUACACUUACCCGUAUGCCUACUACAUGGAGUCUGGACCCAGGAAGAAGCUGUUUGAAUACCAGCAAGCUCAGCUGGAGGCUGAGAUCGAGAACCUGUCGUGGAAGGUGGAGCGCGCAGACAGCUAUGACAGAGGGGACUUAGAGAACCAGAUGCACAUAGCAGAGCAGCGAAGGAGAACCCUGCUGAAGGACUUCCAUGACACCUAGACUGGGACCCGACGCGCCGGAGUGAGGACGAUGUGGCUGCGAGGCCUCCCGGUUGCCGAACUGCAUGCCGCAGGCCCUGCCUUUCACCACCUCAGGCAGCAGCCCGGGCCCCACUCCUGACAGACACUGGCCACACACCUUAGUCCAUUUCUGUUUUCUUCUCAUCUUUUCGCUUUUUGUUUCUACCAGGGUAGAGGCCAUGUUGAAUUGGCCUCUUUUCAGGACUUUUAAUUCCCCCUGGAUGGUUGUUGGGAGGGAGGGAAAGUUUUUUCUGAAUGACUAUUAAUAGUACUAGAUCAUUACAACUUAUGUAAUUUUCAAAGGUUGUAUAAUUAUACAAAAAAAAAAAAGACAAACCAUAGAAUUACACAGAACCCUUUUUAAAAAUAAAUUGGCAUUGGAGUGUUUUA